CUCAAAUCAUCAAAAAAAAAAAAAAAAAUCAGAACGGCGUCGGUUACGAAUAUGACCCGGGUAGCGGUGGAUAAUAAGCCCGCAGCGAGUGCGUUACCACCGGAGGCCAUCCCCUCCGGCGACUGCGUCCUUUCGAAGCGCCGAUGACUGCUCCGCCGCCGCUCCAACAAUGCCGCCGGAACAACCCGGAGCUCUCGUCCUCCGCCGCUUUCUCUUCCUGGCCGCGGUCUCCCUCUCCUUCUUGGUCCUUUUCAGAGCCUCAGAUUCCCUCGGGUUCCCCCCUCGCUUCUCCUUCCCCUCAGGUUCCUCUGCCUCCGACGAUUCCUCACUGGUUAGUGGUGGAAAUAAGCUUGAAAAGGUUUUGAAGGAUGCUGCCAUGGGGGGCAGAACUGUUAUAUUAACAACUCUAAAUGAAGCAUGGGCAGCUCCAAAUUCAGUGAUUGAUCUCUUCCUAGAAAGCUUUAGACUUGGAGAUGGCACGCUUAGGCUUUUGAACCAUUUGGUGAUCAUUGCCUUGGAUCAAAAGGCGUUUGCACGAUGUCUGGUUGUACAUACCCACUGCUUUUCUCUUGUCAGUGAAGGAGUUGAUUUUCAUCGCGAGGCUUACUUUAUGACCCCUGAUUACUUGAAGAUGAUGUGGAGAAGGAUUGAUUUCCUGCGCUCUGUUCUUGAGAUGGGCUACAAUUUUGUUUUCACGGAUGCUGAUGUCAUGUGGUUCAGAGACCCAUUUCCACAGUUUUAUUUGGAUGCAGAUUUCCAGAUAGCAUGCGAUCACUUCAUAGGGAGCUCUGAUGAUGUACAGAACAGACCCAAUGGAGGGUUUAACUAUGUAAAGUCAAAUAAUCGGUCAAUAGAGUUCUACAAAUUCUGGUACUCUUCACAUGAAACUUAUCCUGAAUACCAUGAUCAGGAUGUGCUCAAUAUCAUCAAGUUUCAUUCAUUCAUCACGGACAUUGGACUGAAGAUGAAAUUCUUAGACACUGCUUACUUUGGUGGGCUUUGUGAGCCUAGCAAAGAUUUGAAUCUAGUUUGUACAAUGCAUGCAAAUUGUUGUUAUGGUCUAGACAGCAAGCUUCAUGAUCUCAGAAUUAUGCUCCAGGAUUGGAAGCAAUAUAUGUCUUUGCCACCAAGUUUGAAGAGAGUGUCAAUUUUAUCCUGGACGGUUCCUCAGAAUUGCAGUCUUGAUUCUCUCCAGCAUUAUGAUUCCCCGGGAAAAGACCUUCAAGAGGAAUGGCAAGAUUGACUUGAAUUGUACGUAUGCCUAGAAUAUUUUGCUUUGCAUGUGAAUUUGUAGGGGUAUCUCAUCUCAAUGUAUCACAGUAAAUGUUUCUUGUAUA